UCGAUCAGUCACCAUUCGCUGAAAGGUGACCCGUCAUCAUAUACAUACCCUUUCAAAACAAAAUUCAGAAUAAAAUUUGAAUUGCAGAAUAUUGUUUGCCUGGUACAAUGCCCUCGCAAUAACUUUCAUUGUUUGCUAUGCUCUCAUACCGCUACCUGGUGCACCGAUCUGAUCUCAGGUAUGGAUAUACAGUUUUUAUACCCGGGACACGGGAUCCAUUGUUCGCUGUGUACGCACACUAAGUAGAAGUUACUGUGUGUUUCAAGGAUAAACGGUACCAACAGGUUGUACGGCAGACGAACACAGUAGUGUAGUGUGCGGUCGCCUUUCGAUCUGGCCAGUGUAUCAAAACACAGUUGCUUCACAUACGAUCAUCUUGGAGGAAACUGAUUCUCAGCGAUGUCUGAAGUACGGGAGAGAGACGGGUCGAAGAAAUACUCCCCAUCCACCAAUGGAGGGACGGGGAAAAAAGGCCUUCAGGACGGGGACACUGACUCGCAGGAUGGGUCUAAGGGAUUGAAGCUCAAAAGACAGGUUGGAUUGAUCAGUGGUAUAGCUAUGAUCGUUGGAACAAUGAUAGGAUCUGGAAUCUUCGUAUCUCCAAAGGGAGUCCUGAGACAGACCGAGAGCGUUGGGAUGAGUCUGAUAGUCUGGAUGCUGUGCGGAGUACUUUCCAUCAUUGGUGCAUUAUGCUACGCUGAGCUCGGCACAGUCAUCCCGAAAUCAGGAGGGGAGUAUGCUUACCUCUUGGACACCCUAGGACCCAUCCCUGCCUUUCUCUUCUCCUGGAUCUCAACCAUAGUUCUUAAACCGUCCAGUGUCUCAGCCAUCACUUUAACCUUCGGAGCGUACGCCUCACAAGCUCUCUUCAAUACCGACGGAGGAGACUGCGACCCGCCCACUAUUACACCGAAGCUGUUCGCAGCCGUUGCAAUCGUACUGAUUCUGUUCAUCAACUGCGCCAGCGUCAAAUGGGCGACAUCAGUGCAGGUUGUCUUCACUGCAGCUAAACUGACAGCUCUAGUCAUUAUUAUCAUUGUCGGAGUUAUCAAGCUCUUUCAAGGUGAAGUUGCUAACCUUACCCCGCCGGAAUCUUUCGCAACUUCUUCGCUUCAGCCCUUCGCAUAUGGCGUUGCGUUCUACCAAGGGCUGUGGGCUUACGACGGAUGGAACCAGCUAAACUACAUGACGGAGGAAUUGGUCAACCCCUACAGGAAUCUUCCACUAGCCAUCAUUAUCGGUAUCCCUCUGGUGACAGUACUGUACCUAAUGGUGAACAUAUCUUACUUCACUGUCAUGACACCAGCGGAAUUACUAAGUUCUAAUGCAGUCGCCGUGACUUUUGCCAGUCGAACCCUCGGCCCCAUGGCUUGGAUCAUUCCAUUCUUUGUCUGUUGCUCUACCUUCGGUGCUGCUAAUGGAUCAGUCUUCGCUUCCGGAAGGUUGGCGUUCGUCACUGCCCGCGAGGGCCACACCGUGGAUGUUCUGUCCAUGGUCCACGUCAAGAGAUACACACCAGUCCCAGCGCUCAUAUUUCAGGCUGUCAUUGCACUUAUCAUGAUCAUUCCCGGAGACUUUGACACUCUGGUCAAUUACUUCAGCUUUACCGCUUGGCUGUUUUAUGGAGCUACCGUUGGGGCGCUCCUCAUCCUGCGCUAUAAACGUCCAGACGUACACCGCCCUAUCAAGGUACCUAUCUUCAUCCCUAUUAUUGUCUUGAUCGCUUCGGUGUAUCUCGUCAUCGCCCCCAUCAUUGAUGAACCAGCUCUUGAGUAUCUCUUCGCUCUCCUCUUCAUUUUGGCUGGACUCGUUUUCUACGUUCCGUUCGUCCACUACAAGUUGGAACUGCCAUUUAUGAAGCACAUCACAGUAUUCUUUCAACUGUUAUUGGAGGUUGCACCAUCAUCACAUGAUUACAAGACUGAAGAAAUUGAAGCUGCUUAAAUCACCAUAAGUUGGGCCCAACUUCAUAAAGUUCUUUAGCAGAAAAAUAAUGCUUAGCAAAUUUGCUUAGCAAAAACAUGAGUGGGGCACCAGUAACAUACAACAAAGUAAACUUUGUGCAAUUUUUGCUGGAAACCUGUGCUUAUACAGGUUUAAUUAAUUUGAGCCCAGUCCUUUAUAACACGUUGACAAGCUUGUCCUCCGUUCUUCGAUGUCCUAAAAGGAACAUGAAAACCAACUCUUUUACAAACCAACUAUGCAAAUCAAGCCACAUUUUGCGAAGCUGUUUAUACGGACAAAAAUUAUGCAAAGCUAAAUUGAUAUAGGGAACCAUUCAAAAACAUUCAAUGUUGCAUGGUGUUUUGGCUGAUAACCUUCUUGGCUGAGCAAAUUUCUUUGUGCUUUUCUGUAUUGAUGAACAGCUUCAUGACAUGCUUGGUGUUUUGUGUUUUGUAACAGCUAUAAAUCGUUUAUUUUAUACAAAGAAAAUUAAAAGAGGUUUUGAUAACAUUAUUUGUUGUUUUAUCAUUGUUAUAACAAACAAACUUUGUUUACAGUCAAAUACUACGUUUGAGAUGGCUCUACAUGUAAAAAGAUGACAAUUGUGUUGGUUUCUAUGCCAAUAGCAUGCACUUCUCGAAACAUAGUUAUUAGGCAUUGACAUUGUAAUGUGUUAUUAAAUGUUUACUUUUUCAGAGGGAGCCGUUUCUCACAAUGUUUUAAACUAUCAACCUCUCCCCAUUACACAUCACCAAGUAAGGUUUUAUGGUAACAAUAAUUCAGAACAGUCAAUGAACAGUUAGGUCACUUUGAUAUGUGUUGAUGAGGAAUUAAACACUGUUUUUAGUUUUAUUCGAAAUUUUCUAGGUUUGGUUGCGAGAGUCGCAUUCAUACACAAGAUAAAAUGUUGAUAUUUUGUGGUGCGUCAGCAUUUCUUCAAUUUCCCGAAUGUUUGACAUUUAUUAAUUGCUUACCGUUGUACUGUAUAGGGAAUUUCAGUUAGAACUGAUGGAGUGGGGUGGUGGUAAAGGGGCAACAGUUUAUAGGGAGAGAUACAGUAAUGGGAGACUUUCUGGGACGAUAGAGGGCAGCAGACUUACCGGGUAAAUCCAUUGUUCUCAGAAUUAUGCGC